GGCGCAGCGAGCGGCGCGGCGGAUGGAGAGUCUGGCCGCGGCCGGCGGCGCCGCCUCCUUGUCGGGCCGGGCACGGCGGGCCGGGGCCUUUGUGUGAGGCGGCGGCGGCGAUGGUGCUCGGGCCCCGCGGAGCCGGAUGAACCGUGCUGAUACAGAGGCAACUUCAUAGGAGCUGCUAAGAUGGGCAUGAGGAUCAAACUGCAAAGCACCAACCACCCCAACAACCUGCUGAAGGAACUCAACAAGUGCCGGCUCUCAGAGACCAUGUGCGAUGUCACCAUCGUGGUGGGGAGCCGCUCCUUCCCGGCCCACAAAGCCGUGCUGGCGUGCGCGGCCGGCUACUUCCAGAACCUCUUUCUGAAUACCGGGCUGGAUGCUGCCAGGACCUACGUGGUGGACUUCAUCACCCCCGCCAACUUUGAGAAGAUUCUGAGCUUUGUCUAUACUUCGGAGCUCUUCACAGACCUGAUCAAUGUUGGGGUCAUCUAUGAGGUAGCCGAGCGCCUGGGCAUGGAGGAUCUCCUUCGGGCCUGUCACUCCACCUUUCCUGACUUGGAGACCACUGCUGUGGCCAAGCCCCUGGCCAGCAGCGGGGAGAACCACUCGGGUACCCAGAGCUGUAGCUCAGCAGAGCCCGCCUAUCCCCUCGGAGACCUCCGGGGGGGCGGGGAGCACUUUGGUCCUGAGAGGAACUAUGUGUUACCUAGUGAUGCUGGAGGAAGCUGUAAAGAGGAAGAGAGAAAUGUCACCGGUGACACUAAUCAUAGCCUGUCUUCCCUGCCGCCAAAGAUGGAAGACCAUGAUGCCCCUGCUCCUUUCACCUCCGUUCCUAGUAUCGUGACUCAGCCGGCCCUAGGCACCGUCAGCAUGGGCAUCCAAACCAGCACAAGCUCCUGCCAGCCGUACAAAGUUCAGAGCAAUGGAGACUUCAGUAAAAGCAGCUUCUUCCCCCCUGACCAUGCAAUUGACAUUACCACUGGGACCAACUCCUGUCUGAGCAAUAGCGACCACUCCAAAGAUCCGGGCUUUGGGCAGAUGGAUGAGCUCCAGCUGGACGACCUGGGGGAUGAUGACUUGCAGUUUGAAGACCCCACCGAGGAGAUUGGCACAGCCGAGGAGGUGAUUGAGUUGAGUGAUGACAGCGAGGAUGAGCUGACUUUUGGAGAGAAUGACAACCGAGAGAAUAAGGCCAUGCCCUGCCAGGUGUGCAAGAAAGUUCUAGAGCCCAACAUUCAACUGAUCCGACAGCAUGCUCGGGACCACGUGGACCUGCUGACGGGCAACUGCAAGGUCUGCGAGACCCACUUCCAGGACCGAAACUCCCGGGUGACCCAUGUUCUGUCCCACAUUGGCAUUUUCCUCUUCUCUUGCGACAUGUGUGAAACUAAGUUCUUUACCCAGUGGCAGCUGACCCUCCACCGACGGGAUGGGAUAUUUGAGAACAACAUCAUCGUCCACCCCAACGAUCCCCUGUCGGGGAAGCUGGGUUUGUUUUCCGGGGCAGCCUCCACAGAGUUGAAAUGCGCUGCCUGUGGGAAGGCACUGGCCAAAGAUUUCCACGUAGUCCGGGGGCACAUCCUUGACCAUCUGAACCUGAAGGGCCAGGCCUGCAGCGUGUGCGACCAGCGCCACCUCAACCUCUGCAGCCUCAUGUGGCACACUCUGUCCCACCUGGGCAUUUCGGUCUUCUCGUGCUCCGUCUGUGCCAACAGCUUUGUGGACUGGCACCUCCUAGAGAAGCACAUGGCUGUGCACCAGAGCCUGGAGGAUGCUCUCUUCCGCUGCCACGUGUGUAGCCAGAGCUUCAAGUCGGAGGCCGCCUAUCGCUACCACGUCAGCCAGCACAGAUGCAACAGUGGCCUUGACGCCCGGCCCGGUUUGGGGCCCCAGCACCCCGCUCUCCAGAAGCGGAAGCUGCCCGCAGAGGAGUUCCUGAGCGACGAGCUGGCUCUGCAGGGCCAGCCCGGGAACAGCAAGUACAGCUGCAAGGUCUGUGGCAAAAGGUUUGCCCACACAAGCGAGUUCAACUACCACCGGCGGAUCCACACGGGCGAGAAGCCGUACCAGUGUAAGGUGUGCCACAAGUUCUUCCGAGGCCGCUCAACCAUCAAGUGCCACCUGAAGACACACUCGGGGGCCCUCAUGUACCGCUGCACGGUCUGUGGUCACUACAGCUCCACACUCAACCUCAUGAGCAAGCACGUGGGUGUGCACAAAGGCAGCCUCCCGCCCGACUUCACCAUCGAGCAGACCUUCAUGUACAUUAUCCAUUCCAAAGAGGCAGAAAAGAACCCAGACAGCUGACUGGGUCCCAGCAGAGCUAGGGGGAGCCCCCAGGCGGCAGCCAGGACGUUGCUUUUCUAAUGGCUCUUGGUCCCUCUCCAGCUGAAGUUUCAAUUUGGCCUUGCUAGGAAUUCUGUUCUGUCUUGUGGUUAAAGAAGAGAAAAGAAGAAAGAGCACACAAGCUGUUACUGUUUUCGAUAAGCAACGGCCCUAUCAUGUUUACCUCCUUCCCUGUUCUUGCCCACAAAGGGCUGCGGUUUUGAUCCUUCGGAGGCCGGUCUUGGGAUCUGGUCAGGCAGGUGGUGUCGACUAGAUCCCCUUUCCGAGCCUCUCAAGUUUUAGUUUACGGAUAGGUUUUUAUGCUGCUAAGAAUCCAACCAACAGCCUCACUGAAUAGAGGAGGUGGAGAGAGGUUUUCACUGUGGGUAUUAUUGCCAGCUUGCCAACUGGGACACACGGCUGUGAGAGAGAUUUGGGGAAUGUGGUCGCUUAGAAAAGACUAGUCCGCAGGGCAGCUCACCACAGGUGCCAGGCCCGGCCCUCAGCAGGGAAAAGGCGGAUGGGAUGGGGGCGCCUGCUCGUUUCCACGCUCUGAUCUGCUGAUGGGACAGUAGAAUCUUUUGGCAGCUAGAUCCAAACUGGGGGCAGAGCUUUCUGUGUAGGUCAGAAAGCUUUGGGAUGGAUCCUUGCCAGUCGGAAGAGGUGUCCGACUGAUGGUGCCGCCAGGAGUGGCAGCCCGGAUGGACAGGAAGGGAGGCCUCUCUUUUCUCCUCGAUUCCAAAGAAAUACGAUUUUAUGGAGUUGUAGCCCAGGUGGCCAGGUAGGCCUUCCCUGUGGGGCAGAGAGGACAGGGAGCCACUGUGAUAUAGUCAUCUGUCACCUGGCUGCCUCCGUCGACCUUGAGUGUCCUGGUGGAGAGGUGGGGAUGUCUCUGACAGCAGCAGCCUUGCCUUAAUUUACAUCCAGUCUCCCACCUAGAAGUGUGUUUGACCUGUGGUGUAGAUGAGAAGACCCCAUGGGGUGGCGGAGUGAUGGACUGUGAGCCCUUCAGGAUUGAAGGGACCCGAGUAACUGGUGGUGUGUAGCGGGAUGUGCGGUCUGUCUGUCCCAGUCGGGUAACCUGUUGUUUACUUUGUGGUAACUGGCCAGGAGCUUUGGCAGCUCAUCUUUGACCUGCUGGAAUUUAUCCUGAUCUGUCAUUGCAUCGCCACCAGGGGGCGCAAUUGGAGGGCAGCUGAUGUCCUUGGGGCCAGUUGGCUCCGUUCUUAGUGGCUUUUGAGGGGGUUCUUGCCCAAAGAAGGCUUGAGGGAGAGGGCCCUCGGAUCUCGCAUAUUCACAAGGUAGCACCUCAGUAAACUCAUACUACCUCACCCUGCUCAGGCGAGCUCUGGGAGUCCCUGCCCUAGGCCCUGACACUGCCCCUGGUGGGACUCAGCAGCACCCUGGGCUGUUUCACAAGCGAGUGGUUUUAAUUAACUCACAGAGCCUUUUUGGACAUUGAUAUUUAUUUAUUUUUGCUUUUAUAUACAUAGUACCCAGCAUCUCUUUUGGAUAAGUGACUUCAGGAAAAUGAGUUUCUCCCCAGCAAGUAGCCGUGUUCCAGGGGACAGUCCUGCCCAGAGAUUUGAGAAACGGGGGCUAGGAUGAGGGAAGGUGUCAGGCCUUUAAACAAACAAGUCCUUUUCUUUCUCUCCAGAGAGUCUCUUGCGGAAUAAGCCCAGGGGAGCCUUUAGGUAAUGGAUGUGAGUUCUGGAAAGUUGGGGCUUAUUAAAUUCCUAGACCUUUCCUGCCUGCGCUUGAGUAGACUGGGGACCGGGUUGAGGGGAACAAGUUAAAUGAAGGACCUUUUUUUGCACAUAUUCUCAUCCUUCCUAAACUUGGAAAGCUAUAUUAAGAUAUACAGGCAAGCCAAAGCUCCAUCCCUGUUGGACUUGCUGCCUCUCUCCCUAGCCCUAAAUUGAUAAAGCCUCCCAGUUGGGGUGCCUGGCUCUCUGGUGGGUUGGCUGUUACAUGAAGGGAUUUGUACAGCUGGCCAUUUUUCGCCAUCUAAACUCAACUUGCUACAUGUUCCCUCAGGUCAUUCUUGUCAGGAAAGCAGUGCUGAGACUUUUCAUCCCUGACUGGCUUCUCCCUUUCUUUCCCACAACUGACCGUUGGAAAUUUAAGAAGGAAAAUGUGUGAAAGACCACCGUCAAGUAUCUGCUAAGCUUUUCAAGGCUGAGUGAUCCCUCCCAUUCUGUUGAUGAGGACUGAUUUUUGAAUGGUCAGAUUUGAGAGAGGCAGUACUUCCUAGAACCCAUACAGGUGGCCAAGCAUGGAUCAGUGUGCUGGAGAAACCCUUUUCCUUAAUGGAGGGCAUCAUGGAUGCUGGGUAGUCUGUAUACUUAACCUGAAACUGUGAAGUUUUCCCUUUUUUGCCAGUAAACCAAAAAGCAAAUCCUUGAACCUUUGCCCCUGAAACACUAAACAAAAAACUGCACCCCCUGAUCCUCCUGAGGCCAAGUGGUUGAUCGGGGUGGCUUGGUUGGUUGCAGUCAGACAUGUAGCAGGGUCAGUAGCUCAUGAGGCUUAUUGACCAAACCCUGUUCCUCUGCUUGUCCCCGUAUUUGCCCUGACCACCCCCCACCCCGUUUAGAGUCAUGUUUGCUGUCUCUGCCUCCAGCCCGCCCCCCCCCGUUUCCGAACUGUUUUACUUGAAACUCUUGUGUUGUGGCAAAGGGCACUCUGGGAUACCUGGUUGAAGGUAUUCAUUUUAUUUUGAGUUUUUAAAAAUUUUUUUUCAGCCUUCUGUUGCCCCCUCUGCCUUGGAGCCCAGUUUAGCAGUCUGCUGUAUUGUUCUGAGGUUCUGUCUGACCCCUGAAUGUCUUUUCUCCUCCCUUCCUCCUCUUUCUUGUUCUAUACUCAGGACCAGCUAUAUAAUCUGCAGACCCCUUUGUUUAAAAAUGAAGAAUUUCAAGGUGGCGACUGUAGAGCAUUAAACCAAGCAUGAGGCUAUUCCCAACCUGUUUCUUAAGGGAAAAAGGUAAUACUUGUAUGGCGCAUUGGAAUAAACAGCAGAGGCUGCUUAUGGCCACAGGAGGGGAUCCGUCUCCCGCUUCUCCUGUGACCCGUUGCUGGCUCACUGAUGCCACAGUGCCCACUGGGAAGCUCUGCUGUAUUGUGGUAUUUGGUCCUACAUUUUAAGACCCCAGCGAGUCUCUAUAGUUCAUGGCUAGGUGGAAAGAAUGGAGGUGGGGGUUGGGACCCGGUGACCCCUAAGAACCAGGAAAUGGGUAAAAGUUCUUUUUGACUGUCUUCCCUUCUGAUCCAUCAGCACCCGUUUGUCUCCAGGACAAAUCUUUGGGCCUAAAUACCUUCUCCCCAGUCAAGUUUUGCUACUGAUGAAUUUUCUUCGUCUUCUGGCCUCUUGCUGUGCCCUAUUCCAGAGACUACUCAACUUUGGAAGUGAAUUUAAAUCCUUUUCUAGGUGGACACUGAUUUUGUUGGCGUGGGAGUGGGCUGUGUGGAGAAGUCUGCCCAUCUGGAGGUCCCCACACAUCCUUUGGCCUCAGUCCUGCUCUGAGUGAGUCGGGAAGUACAGUGCACACAGCAUUCAUUUCACUGUGAUCACUCACUGUCAAACUUAACAUCAGAAUGAAAAUGGAACUGCUUUGAGUUCGAUGUUUCUUUAACACCCUUCCCUGUCCAGUCCAACCUCCCCUCCCACCUCCGCUAGCGAAAGUCUCUUAUGAAACCAAGAAGAGUUGUUGACGUCUAACUUCCUUCCAUUAAAUUAAUAAGUACUGACCUCCUAAUAUUUAAGUGUUUACUAUCUAUUGCUGUAAAGUUUUGUAUAUUUUGUAAACUUCUUUUCCCAAAUAGUAGAUGUCUAAAAUCGUUGUACAUCUGAUUCUUUUAUAUUCCAUUGUUCGGCACAAAGUGUGGUUUUUAUUUAGAAUAAAAAAAGGAAAUUUGAAACGGUAAUUCUUUUCCUAUUGACUGGGGUUACGCUGUCCCUUGAGUUCAGAAGAUCGGGGCCCAACACCUGGUAGUAGCAGCAUUCUGCUCAGCAGAUGCCAGGAUUCCUU